ACAACUGCUGCUCCAACGACCACAACAGUUCCUCCAACAACCACAACUGCUGCUCCAACGACCACAACUGUUGCUCCAACAACCACAACUGUUGCUCCAACGACCACAACAGUUCCUUCAACCACAACAACUGCUGCUCCAACAACCACAACUGCUGUUCCAACGACCACAACUGUUGCUCCAACAACCACAACAGUUCUUCCAACGACCACAGCUAUUGUUCCAACCACAACAACUGCUGCUUCAACAACCACAACUGCUGCUCCAACGACCACAACAGUUCUUCCAACAACCACAACUGCUGCUCCAACGACCACAACUGUUGCUCCAACAACCACAACAGUUCGUCCAACGACUACCACAGUUGCUCCAACAACCACAACUGUUGCUCCAACGACUACAACAGUUCCUCCAACAACUUCCACAGUUGCUCCAACGACGACAACUGCGGCUCAAACAACCACAACUGUUGCUCCAACCACUACAACUGUAGCUCCAACAACAACAACUGCUGCUCCAAUAACCACAACUGCUGCUCCAACAACCACAACUGUUGCUCCAACAACCACAACAGUUCCUUCAACAACUACCACAGUUGCUCCAAUUACCACAACUGUUGCUCCAACCACCACAACAGUUCCUCCAACAACUACCACUGUUGCUCCAACAACCACAACUGUUGCUCUAACGACCACAACAGUUCCUUCAACAACAGUUCCUCCAACAACUACCACAGGUACUCCAACAACCACAACUGUUGCUCCAACCACAACAACUGCUGCUCCAACAACCACAACUGCUGCUCCAACAACCACAACAGUUCUUCCAACGACUACCACAGUUGCUCCAACAACCACAACUGUUGCUCCUACGACCACAACAGUUCCUUCAACAUCUACCACAGUUGUUCAAACAACCACAACUGUUGGUCCAACCACAACAACUGCUGCUCCAACAACCACAACUGUUGCUCCAACGACAACAACUGUUGCUACAAUGACAACAACUAUUGCUCCAACAACCACAACAGUUGCUCCAACAACCACAACUGUUGCUCCAACGACCACAACAGUUCCUUCAACCACAACAACUGCUGCUCCAACAACCACAACUGCUGUUCCAACGACCACAACUGUUGCUCCAACAACCACAACAGUUCUUCCAACGACUACCACAGUUGCUCCAACAACCACAACUGUUGCUCCAACAACCACAACAGUUCUUCCAACGACUACCACAGUUGCUCCAACAACCACAACUGUUGAUCCAACCACAACAACUGCUGCUUCAACAACCACAACUGCUGCUCCAACGACCACAACAGUUCCUCCAACAACCACAACUGCUGCUCCAACGACCACAACUGUUGCUCCAACAACCACAACUGUUGCUCCAACGACCACAACAGUUCCUUCAACCACAACAACUGCUGCUCCAACAACCACAACUGCUGUUCCAACGACCACAACUGUUGCUCCAACAACCACAACAGUUCUUCCAACGACCACAGCUAUUGUUCCAACCACAACAACUGCUGCUUCAACAACCACAACUGCUGCUCCAACGACCACAACAAUGAUGCAUGGGAUUCUGGAGCUCAGGACCCCUCCCUCCACCUUCACACUGGCAACAUCAAGUACCUAG